AUGAAUCUUAGGUGUUUCACUUUCGCUAUGUUAAUGUUCCUUAUCGCAUUCACUUUCCAUGCCAGCGCCAGUUAUAUUCCAAACAAUAAGCAUUCCAAUUAUAGAAGCUUCCCGAACCAGUUUCUGAUUCCUCAGAACAUAGCUCGGGCCGCGGUGGGGUUACAUCCCUUAUCAUGGGAUGAAAAGCUAACACACUACGCGCAAUCGUACGCCAACCAACGGCGUAACGACUGCGUGUUGGAGCAUUCUAAUGGACCGUACGGCGAGAACAUUUUUUGGGGGAGUGGAAUUGGAUGGAAUCCAGCACAAGCAGUGAGUGCUUGGGUUGAUGAAAAACAGUAUUACAAUUACUGGCAUAAUUCUUGCGUUGAAGGAGAAAUGUGUGGACAUUAUACACAGGUUGUUUGGGGUGCUACAACCAAAGUUGGAUGUGCUAGUGUUGUUUGUUCUCAAGGUAAAGGUACUUUUAUGACAUGUAACUAUGAUCCUCCUGGGAAUUACUAUGGAGAGAGACCUUAUUGA